UGCAACUAUUGUAUUUUAUCGCUUUCCUGCAAUACUGCCCAGUGUCAUACGAGGAAGCUCCAAUUAUUUAAAGAAAUUGGACUCUCAAUUUUGCAAGGAAAACAGAACCAAUACCUAAAGCGAACUAUCCACCUGUUUCCUUUGUCGAACUGUACAAAUAUGCAUCGUUUAUGGAUAAACUUUUCAUCGCCUUAGGGUCAAUCAUUUGCACAGUGGGCGCUGUUGCCAACAGCUUGCCUUCAAUUAUAAUUGGAGACGCGACCAACGUAAUAGUGACCUACGUUUCUGCUUUAAAUGGAACAAAUGCAACCCUCAUUGAACAGGCCGAGGAGAACUUAAAGAAUGGAUUAAUUACGUUUGUCAUCAUCGAAUGCUCGCUGAGUGUUUUUGUUAUGGCCGCCACGUAUAUUGCAACGGUACUAUUUAACUAUAGCGCCUUAAAACAGACGUAUCGAAUACGCGAGCUGUUUUUGCACAAAGUGUUAAACCAAGACAUUGGUUGGUAUGACGUUCGCCAGACGGGAGAUUUUGCAAGCCGCAUGGCGGAAACGCAGAUUUUGCAAGGCACCGAAUUAACAAUAAACCCCGGCGAAACUGUUGCUAUAGUUGGGAGUUCCGGAUGUGGAAAGUCGACGUGUAUACAGCGCUUUUACGACCCGUCGUGCGGAAAUGUUCUUAUUGACGAUCACGACGUGGUCGACUUGGAUCUCGCUUGGAUGAGAUCUCAGAUUGGGGUUGUGGGUCAAGAGCCGGUACUGUUCGAAAUGACGAUAGCCGAAAACAUCAAACUCGGUGCGGAUAAUGCGAGCGAAGACGAUAUUAGACGAGCCGCCGAGAAGGCGAACGCUCAUUCUUUUAUAAGCUCACUUCCUCGGGGUUACAAUACGCUUGUCGGCGAAAGGGGCGCCCAGUUAUCGGGGGGGCAAAAGCAAAGGAUAGCGAUAGCGCGAGCUCUGGUGCGCGCACCUUCAAUUCUGCUUUUGGAUGAAGCCACUUCUGCCUUGGAUACAAAGUGCGAAGCGGUCGUUCAAGCUGCUCUUGACGCGGUCAGCUAUGAAUGUACAACCGUAAUUGUGGCGCACCGAUUGUCUACGGUCAGAAAGGCUGAUCGCAUUGUCGUCAUAGGCGCCGGAAAGGUCGUAGAACAGGGUGGUCACGAUGAACUUAUGGAUAAAAAGGGCGCUUACUUCGAACUAGUAACAGCGCAAGUAUCACCAGCAGACACAGGUGCAGAUGCAUUUAUUAAGACUGAAACCGGGGAGAUGCUAGAGCCCCAGGAUGGUGUAAAUAUUAUUUCUGAUGAAUCUAAGACCGAAACAAGUAGGUCGUCAUUGUGGGCUAUAAUGAAAUAUAACUCCCCGGAGAGGUGAGCUAUUCUGCUCGGGUGCGUUGGGUCAAUAGUAACUGGAGCGGGUAUGCCAAUGUACGCCAUCGUACUUGGACGCGUAAUGAGCGUCUUACCUUCCCACGAUGCUGAUUAUAUUGUCAGCGAAACAAAGAAGUUUGCCAUCUUUUUCUUAAUUAUAGCAAUCAUUACUGGAAUCGCAAUACUGUUGCAUACGUAUAUGUUCGGAAUUGCCGGUGAAAAACUAACAAUGCGCCUGCGCAGUCAAAUGUUUAAGUCGUUUCUUGCGCAAGAAAUCGGCUACUUUGACCGUAAAGAGCACGGUGUUGGUUCGCUGUGCGCACGUUUAUCUGGAGAAGCGGCAAGCGUUCAAGGAGCUACCGGUCAAAGAAUUGGAACGAUCUUGAUUUCGCUUUCCACUGUAAUUCUAGCUCUUAGUACGUCUCUUUACUUUGAGUGGAGAAUCGCCUUUGUAGCUUUGUGUUUUUCGCCCCUAAUCGUUAUGGCCUUUUACUUAGAGCAAAAGAUUAUCGCGAAGGAAAGCCAAGGAUAUUACGCAUCUCUGCAAAAUUCCACCAAAAUUGCCGUCGAAGGACUUAACGGCAUUCGCACUCUCGCCUCCUUGGGAAGCGAACGGAGUUUCCACACGCGUUAUAUGGCCGAAAUGGUGUCCUACCAACGAGUGGCCCAACGUAACACUCACUUCAGAGGAUUAGUUUACGGCUUAUCAAGAAGUUUGUUGUAUUGUACAUACGGGGCUUCUCUUUAUUUUGGAUCUGUGCUUCUCAAAAAUGAAGGAAUCGAUUAUGCUAACGUAAUCAUUGUUACCGAGUGCAUCAUCACUAGCUCAUGGUCAAUGGGAAAUGCGUUAGCAUUCACGCCAAAUUUUCAAAAAGGCCUAAUAGCGGCUUCUCGUAUUUUUCAAUUGUUUAGUAGAAUUCCUCUGAUACGCGAUGGUUCUCCGCACACUAACGGCGAAUGGGGGAGUGGAAAUAUUGCCUACGAAAAGGUUUACUUUUCAUACCCGUCUCGACCAACUAUUCCGGUAUUAAGAGGGUUAAAUUUGACAAUCCCAAAAGGAAAAAUGGUUGCGUUGGUGGGGCCGAGUGGUUGCGGCAAAACAACCGUUUUACAACAAUUGGCACGGUUUUAUGAUCCGACGUCCGGUUCCGUGUCCGUUGAUGGGAAACGUAUUAACACAAUGCAGCUUUCCACCUUAAGGUCACAUUUGGGGGUUGUCUCGCAGGAGCCCGACCUCUUCAGUAGAACAAUCGCGGAGAACAUUGCCUAUGGAGACAAUGAACGCGAAGUAACACGUGAGGAGAUUAUUGACGCCGCCAAAAAAGCAAACAUUCACACGUUUAUUGCGUCGUUGCCUUUGGGCUAUGAAACUAAAUUGGGAGAGAAGGGCACGCAAUUGUCAGGUGGUCAGAAACAAAGGGUUGCAAUUGCGAGAGCUUUGGUUAGAGACCCUAAGGUACUGCUUUUGGACGAGGCAACGUCAGCACUAGACGCCGAAAGCGAAAAGGUUGUCCAAGAAGCUCUAGAUAAUGCUAAAAAAGGACGCACUUGUAUUACGAUUGCUCACCGUUUAACAACGAUACAAGAUGCAGAUGUCAUUUGCGUGAUUAAUCACGGAAGAGUUGCGGAAAUUGGCACGCACGCAGAACUUUUAAGUUUAAGGGGAAUUUAUUACAACCUUUACAACUUACAGCAUUAGCUUUGUUCAGACAAA